AUGCAAAUAAACAAAAGGAAUGAGGUUAAAAGGCAGAAACGUUGCAAGGGCUAUGGGGCGGAAGUGGAUAACAGCGGGACCGAUCAGCCCAUGUACCUUCAGGCACAUACAUUUAACUCGAUGGCACAAUCACUUUCCUCCUUGACUGAGCAAUGGCUCCAUUGGGACCAGGAUCCUACAACUCGCGCAGAAAUAGAACAAUUGCGGGACUCCAAUGCCACCGAGGAGCUGGAAAAGCGCCUUCGGAAUCGUAUUGAGUUUGGAACAGCUGGUCUGCGAGGCUGCAUGGCGGCAGGGUUCUCCUGCAUGAACUCUUUGAUAGUCAUACAAGCCUCACAGGGGCUAGCCAAGUUCAUUCGAGACAAACGUCCUGAGAUUGCUUCGAAUGGUGUGGUCAUUGGACAUGAUGCGCGUCACAAUUCUGCGAAAUUCGCCGCACUCGCUGCCAACGCUUUCAUCGCGCAACGUAUUCCCGUUUGGUUCUUCAAUGAGGAAGGACCAACACCGAUGGUGGCAUUUGGUGUAAUUCAUUUUGGUGCUGCUGCAGGUAUUAUGGUGACGGCGAGCCACAACCCACCCCAGGACAAUGGUAUGUCACUCAUUUCUGAUGUUGUAAACUACUCGAGCAAUGGUGCCCAGAUCAACCGACCCGAGGACGGAGAAAUAGCACAGUCAAUUCAAGAAAACCUUGAGCCAUGGCCGACAGCAUGGGCGGAAUUACAACCAGGCGAAUUCCUGCGUGCGGACUCUUACCAGAAAUUGCUGCCCCACUACAGCAGCCAAGUCGCAGAGUUCAUGAGAACUACGGUGACGGAUUGGCAACCCCCGAGACCAUUCGUUUAUACACCUCUACACGGCGUGGGAGGUCUGGUUCUCCCAACUCUUUGCCACUCACUCGGAAUCAACAACUUUGUAUCCGUUGCUGCCCAGGAAAAGCCCGAUCCUGACUUCCCCACUGUGAAGUUCCCCAACCCGGAAGAGGCUGGUGCUUUGGAUCUUGCUAUCGAGACUGCCGACCAAGAAGGAAAGACCUUGAUCAUCGCAAAUGACCCCGAUGCGGACCGCUUUGCCGUAGCUGAGAAAGUGGAUGGGAAAUGGCAUACUUUGACUGGAAACCACGUUGGUGUCCUUUUAGCAUCCCAUCUAUUGGAUUCCUACGAUGCCAGCAAAGAUUGGUCCCACGUCGCGGUGUUGACUACAACGGUGUCAAGUGGGAUGCUCGGAAAGAUGGCAGCUGCAAAGGGAAUACACUUCGAGGAGACUUUAACUGGGUUCAAGUGGAUGGCUAAUGUUGCCCGGGACCUAGAGAAAAAGGGAAAGACAAUUCCUUUUGCAUACGAAGAGGCACUGGGAUACAUGUUCCCAUCUGUGUGCUAUGAUAAAGAUGGUAUCACGGCAGCUGCAGUCUUUCUUGCAGCGGAGGCGAAAUGGAGAGCCCAGGGAUUGACGGCAUAUGCUAAGCUGCAGCAACUGUUCGGUGAAUUCGGCCACCACGAGACCUUGAAUAACUACUUCCGAUCGCCCAAUCCGCAGCUUACCUCAACAUUGUUCCAGGGUAUUCGAGGCAGCUCAGGCCUCGCGAAUAUGCAGUUUGGUCGCUUCAAGAUUUUGCGAUGGAGAGAUUUGACCGAAGGCUAUGACUCCAGCACCCCUGAUAACAAGCCAGACCUACCUGAAGAUCCAACAAGCCAGAUGCUUACGCUGUGGUUGGAUGGUGGUGUCCGCUUCACAUUCCGAGGUUCUGGGACAGAGCCCAAGGUCAAGUUUUAUAUCGAGAGUUGUGGAGACUCUCGCGAAGACGCCGUUAAAGCAGUCUGCGAUGCAUUCCUCACUAUUCGGGAAGAAUGGGUACAGCGCUUUACACCUUCGAUGACAUACAGCAAGCAGCUUUCCACAUCCUCUGGUAAUAUUUUGAACGUUGAAUGA